CUCCUUCCGGAGAGUUGGGAGACCGACUCCCUCCGCUGGCCGGUCGCCUCUCCUACCUCGGCGGAGCUUCCUGGGUCGCGCCGCGCCCGGUCUCCUCACAUCUCCUCUAGGCCUGGCAGCGGCGGUCCUCUCGGACGGAGACGGGGCCGGGCAGCGCCUAGCCGGAUCCAGCGCGGCUGCCAUCGCGCCCUGGGCUUGUGCGCCCCCCGCGAGCCAGUCUGUUCUGCGCGCCCGAGGCCUUCCGCAGGCGUGGGAAAAGGAAAAACGCCAGGCCGUGCAAGGGACCCUGCAACCCCUCGGCGGCGGGGCGGUGGCGGCCUCCUCUGUCCGGAGCCGCGGAGAGGGAAGCCAGGUCCCCCUCGUGGCUGGGAGCCGGAGGGGUGCAUUUCGACCUGCCCAAGAUACUUUCUAGGGCUCUGGCUGGAAUUCGCAUCAAGCCCUCACUGAAAUGCUGGGCGAGGCCGAUUUGUCCACGAUGUUGCUCCUUAACCUUAAGUUACUUGCAAUAGGAGCCUGUGGCCCUCGCGACUGUUAAGUGCCUUACCCUGCCGGGGAAAUGACGGUUCCUCGUAACCGCACGCAUACUUUCCUUUAGAAAAGCCAGGCCCGACAGGACGCAGUGGGUCACGCUUGUAAAUCCCAGCACUUUGGGAGGCCGAGGCCGGCCCAUCACUUAAGGUCAGGAGUUCGAGACCAGCCUGACCAACAUGGAGAAACUCCGUCACUACUAAAAAUACAAAAAUUAACCGGGCGUGGUGGCGCGUGCCUGUAAUCCCAGCUACUGGGGAGGCCGAAGUGGGAGAAUUGCUUGAACGCGGGAGGCUGAGGUUGCAGCGAGCCUAGAUCGCGCCACUGCACUCCAGCCUGGGCGACCAGAGCCAGACCCUGACUCAAAAAAAAAGAAGGAGCCGGGCGCGGUGGCUCACGCCUGUAAUCCCAGCACUUUGGGAGGCCUAGGCGAGCGGAUCAGCCUAGUUAAUAUGGUGUUCGAGACCAGCCUAGUUAAUAUGGUGAACCACUGUCUCUACUAAAAAUACAAAAAUUAGCCGGGCGUGGUGGCGCGCGCCUAUAGUCCCAACUACUCGGGAGGCUGAGGCAGAACAGUCGCUUGAACCCGGGAGACAGAGGUUGCAGUGAGCCGAGAUCGCUCCACUGCACUACAGCCUGGCCGACAGAGCCUCUCAAAAAAAAAAAAAAAGAAAAGCCAUCCAAAAGUGAGAAGGAAAAACAAAGUUGGUGUAACUGGCUGUUUCGGAAAACUGUCAUCCGGAUAACGGGCUAUCUAACCCUAUAAUUACGAGAAGGGCCCGAGUUUUAAGAAAUGAGUUCGAAAAUGAGUUGAAGAAGAGGAAGGCACUCUUCCUACAAGACAAGAAGUGGUAGCUUAUAUAUAAGACGCGUCCUUUUAAAGCGAUUGUACAGUGUGGUAGGACUAGGUUAGGAAACUGGACGGCAUGGCGACUUCUGUGUUAAAACACAGGAGCACCCUUAAUGGUAAAACCUCAAGCUUCCGGAGCAUGUCGGUGGGGAGGGACUUAACCGCGGAACCCAACAUCCCCGGGUGCCGUUUUCCAGCCGGAGUCGGGGUCAGUUAGCCUUUCCUACUGCGCAGGCUCAAUGCUACUUACCCGUAAUGGAAGCAAUGUGGCUCCUGUGUGUGGCGGCGGCGGUCGUGGCAUGGGGCUUCCUCUGGGUUUGGGACUCCUCAGAACGAGUGAAGAGUCGGGAGCAGGGAGAACGGCUGGGAGCCGAAAGCCGGACCCUCCUGGCCAUAGCGCACCCUGACGAUGAAGCCAUGUUUUUUGCUCCCACAGUGCUAGGCUUGGCCCGCCUAAGGCACUGGGUGUACCUGCUCUGCUUCUCUGCAGGAAAUUACUACAAUCAAGGAGAGACUCGUAAGAAAGAACUUUUGCAGAGCUGUGAUGUUUUGGGGAUUCCACUCUCCAGUGUAAUGAUUAUUGACAACAGGGAUUUCCCAGAUGACCCAGGUGUGCAGUGGGACACAGAGCAUGUGGCCAGCGUCCUCCUCCAGCACAUAGAAGUGAAUGGCAUCAAUCUGGUGGUGACUUUCGAUGCAGGGGGAGUAAGUGGCCACAGCAAUCACAUUGCUCUGUAUGCAGCUGUGAGGGCCCUGCACUCAGAAGGGAAGUUACCUAAAGGGUGUUCUGUGCUCACACUUCAGUCUGUGAAUGUGCUGCGCAAGUACAUCUCCCUUCUGGAUUUGCCCUUGUCUCGGCUUCAUACUCAGGAUGUCCUCUUUGUGCUCAACAGCAAAGAAGUGGCACAGGCCAAGUCAGUGCUCGAAGUGCUUUUGUGGUCAUUCGUGGACACUCGCAGAGGGGUGAAACAGAGCCAUGUCCUGCCACCGCAGCCAGCUCCUCUGGUUCCGCCGCCUCUACAUUCUCUUCUCCCGGUACAUGAGAAUCAACUCACUGAGCUUCCUCUGAAGCCUUGAAGGGUUUUCAGAUCCAAGGAACAAAGGGGAAAAUAGACAAAGGUGUGCAGGGGACCUGGCCUGGCACUGGCUUAUUUGCCUGAGCUCAAGGAGAUCCCCACUGGAGCAGCCUCUGCAAAAGGGAGCCCAUGUAGGCCAGGGGCUGUCCAAACUCCAGCUUCUUCCCCUGGGAAAAAACCCAAAGAACCAAAAACAAACCACCCCAAGGAUAAUAAUAGCUACCCUGCUAGCUUCUCAAGUUCUUGUGAAUCACAAUUUACAUAAUGACACAGUAUAUGUGGAACACCUAGCCCAGUGUCUGGGCAGGUCCCUAUUAUCAUAAAUGAAUGUAAAAGUGCUCUAAAAACACUCCACAGAUGUGACUUUUACAUUGUUUCCAAAGUAAGGUCACCAAAAACACAUACAUAAAAUGCAACAGUGUGUGUUGAAUUGGUUCAA